GUUGACAUUGUUUUAUAUUUUACCCUUUUGUGUUGACGCUGUGGUCCUAGGGUGUUGACGCUAUGAUACAGUGUUUCUAUUUGACGUGCCAAGCCCAGUAUAGUGUACUAUGUAUGUAACUCUUAUGGUUAGUUCAUAAGAAAUUAGUUGAAUACGGGGAACACGUCCCUUUAAAGUUACACCAUACUACAGGGGUAUAUACUAUAACAUUGAUCAGAUUAGAGCCUGUGCCCUUUGUAUAAACAGAUUAAAGCUCUCUAUCUCAGCUUACCCACUGUCGAUACACCCGUUUGGUGUUUAUUUUCCAUAGGGUCGUGAUUAGGGUCGGAUUAUCAUUUACAAUAAACAUUGGCGAUACGGGUCCACGAGUUCUCCAAACAUACGGUAUUUGGACUGUCGUGUGUUUAGGUUUGUGCCGGUGAUAUUAAGUUUUGUCCAGUGGGAUGAUGUUUUACAACAGACUAAAGCUGGGUGAUAAUAAAUCAGAGAAGUUUUGAAUAUUAGAAAGAAACAUUGUCUAAGAUGGACAGGGCCUUUCAGUGCCGUUCACCAUCCGCAAGUAUCACGCCCUCCCUUCCGAGCAUAAACCGACCUACGUCUCUAAACUUAAAGUCGGAACGUAGCUUUGGAAGCGGAAAACACUCCAACAGCAAUAACGUGAAACUUCCGAACAGUGCAAAAAUGCGGAAAAAGAUAUCGAACGGCAUGGAACAGAGUUUUCCCAGUAACUCAAAAAACAGUGAUAGAAAUAGUCCAAGUUCUAGUUUGUCAAAAACAUCAGCUGAAAUUCGAAAGACGGCGUGGACCAACAGAAAGGUUUUGGACGAUGAAGUGUAUGAAGAGAAAAAAGAACGACUUUUAAGAACGUCUAAGUUGAAAAAAGAUUUGGAAGUAUAUUUUGAUGUUGAAACUCCGAGUCGAUUAGCAGAACGGACUUGGGUAGCGAGUGAUGACGAGGACUAUGAUACAGACCUUGAUACUGACCUGGGCAUUGAGCUGGUAAUUGACGAGAGGACGAAGCAGAUUAAAGAUGACGGUGAAUUUCCCGAGUACAAGAAUUUGUGCCGGAAGUACAAAACAGUGCCAAACAAGUACUUUAUACGGCACUCUGUGGACGACGUACUGACCAUGCGACAUCGGUACCUCAGUCCAAAGGACUGUCGGGCAAUGGGCUGGGAGAUGGAGAACCACUCGACGUUUAAAAAACUAGACCUCGAAGACAAUGGACUUGGUCCCAAACAAAUGAUAGCUCUGGCUGAGAUGCUGCUCAAGAAUAAAUACGUGAUGGAAGUGAAUCUCUCCAACAACCCUAUGGGUAGUUUUGGCUCGAAUAUUACAAAGACCAUUCUACUCAACAACUCUCACAUCGCCAAAGUCGACCUGACAGGUAAUGGUUUUGGUAAACAAGGAGGUGAAAACUUUGCUGAAGUGAUAGAGACAAAUGUAUACCUGAAAGAAAUACGACUCGGCAAAAACAAGAUCGAGGAUGCUGGUGCUAUGGCCAUAGGACGCGCCCUAGAGACCAAUGUCACACUAGAAUACUUGGAUCUCAGCUGGAACAAGAUUGGGAAAACAGGAGCUGCCAAGAUAGCCACGGGUAUAAAGGUAAACUCCACGCUGAAGACGUUGAUUCUGUCUAUGAAUGGAUUGGGCAAUACUGGUUGCCAGCAUAUAAUGGAAGGUCUACGUGGAAACGAGGCUCUGACUACCGUAGACCUGAGUGCAAAUCGGAUCACAGAUGACGCUGUGGAAUCUAUAAGUAGGGUACUGCCCUACCACCGGUCUCUCGUGUCACUUAAGUUAUCGCACAAUCACCUGUCUGCUGAUGGAGCUUUCAGAAUACUCAAACCGUUGACCUCAAGGUUCAAGAAAAAGCUCAGUUACCUUGAAUUGGAUGGAACAGACGUGAACUCCGACCUUAUGCAAUUGAUAGAAAAUUUGAACGCAAGACGUGGAUUGAUUAUUUCUAUCAAGCGUCCUCCAUCUCGUAGAGCGAGAACCUUGGAUCAGCUGACACGAGUGUUAUCAGCAAUAUGUAGAUUUCUGAUAAAGGAGAGACUUGAUAUCAAAACGGUGUUUCCAGAUCUGGAGAAGGAGAGAGAGGAGGCCUACAGCACAUACGAUAUUAUAGAAAUAAUACGGAAUUGUGGAGAAGAAUUCAACCGUACACAGGUUACAGAGCUGAGAAAAAUUUGCAAGGUGUUACGCCAUAGGACAUUAUUGUUGAAGGAGUUUGAGCAAGUAUACGAUCUGGUACUGACUGGCAGAGACCCUACGUCAGAGGAACCGUUACGCACGCCAUUUGCGGGGAAGCGUCGCGGGGGGCAAUUGGUCAGUCUGCCUCGCCGUGACCCAAACGAACCCGGCCAACUGACCCUAAGCAGCGUGGCCCCAGGGGUGCGAUUCCAGUAAGGCUGCAUUUCUUGUUACUUCGUACAAGCAACCAAGUCUGUUUCUGUGCCAUGACCAAAGUUACAGGCAAUGGUGAUAAAUAUGACAAUAGCCCCUUACGGGAAUAUGCAGUCGGGCCAUACAAUUCAUAUGUGACGCUGAUGACGGCUGAAAUAAAAAUGAAGAGGAAUGUUGAAAUGACCAAACGAAUCUGAACAAUUCUUGUUAUAUACAUACUGUGUAUGUUUGUGCUCUAUUUAAUAAAUACCGAUGUACAUAUCUUCGUGUUAGUAGUCUCUCUUAGUUAUAUAACAAUGAAAAGUUCGGGAAUAUAGGAGUGUUCUCCGUCUGUCAGAUCAGUUUCGAUUGAGUUUUGUUUCACAUUGUGCUA